GAGAAUCAGCUUAAGCUCCAGAUACACUUACCUACCUAUACAACAUGCAGUUUACAAUCGUUGCCUUGGUCUGCUGCCUUAUCGGCUCCGUGCUGGCCUAUCCCAGUCCUUAUCCGGAGGAGCAACAGCGCUUCCAACUGGAAGGUGGCUACAAUAGCGACAAGAGUGGCCGAGACUUUGGAGUCCAGGGACAAAUUCCUGUUUGGACCAGCGACAACAAACGUCACGAGUUCGAUGUGGCCGGUCAUUAUGGACAGCAUUUUGGUGGACCCUAUGGCAAUUCUGAGCCUUCAUACGGAUAUGGCGGUGUCUACAGAUUUAGAUUUUAGGAAUCAAACUUAAAAAACCUGCUUAAAUUAAUGUUUUUAAAUAAAGAAUAAUAUUUAUGAAAUUGCA